AUCAGUCACAGCACAUUCAAGAUGUCUUCGUUUACAUCCCCUGACAUCUUGAGCCACCUUCCCAUAGAAGCUAUACAACCUUCUCAGCUUCUCUAUCUGCUCCCUAUUGGAUUCGUUGCAUGGGCUCUAUACCAUCUCAGUAUUGGUUUUUACAACCUCACUCUUCAUCCCUUGGCUGGAUACCCAGGUCCCCUACUUGCCAGAUCGUCAACGCUAUGGUACGCUGGAGCAUUGGCCAGGGGCACCAUUGCUCAAGAUCUUUUGGCUCUUCAUGACAAGUACGGUGAUACUGUGCGCAUCACACCAGAUGAAAUCUCCUUCAUUGAUCCAAAGAAUUGGAAGGAGAUCUAUGGCUACCGUGGUGGCAAGGUCGAAAUGAUCAAAGAUCCUCGUUACCAUGAUACUGUCAAGCCCACUCCCACUAUCCUGACUGGUGAUUAUGACCAGCACAAUUACUACCGCAAGGUUCUCUCGGCACCGUUUUCUGAGAUUGCUCUUAAGAAGAAUGAGCAUAUUCUCCACGAGUUCGUCGAUAAGUGGGUCUAUCGCGUGAAAGAGCUUGGACAGAAUGGCACAAAACGCAUCGAUGCUACAGAUUGGUUUAACUUUCUCACGUUUGAUCUUAUUGGAUAUCUUGCUUAUGGCGAAGAGUUCAACUGCAUGACCAACUCCAGGCUUCAUGAUUGGAUUGAAGCUAGUUUGGCUAUGGCCACCUUGAUGACGCUCGGGCAGGCCGCUCGCCAGCUUCCUUAUCCCUUUGACAAGAUUUACAAGGCAUGGGCUAUUCCUGAGUAUGUUUACAGACAUACCAAAAUGCACCGAACGCUUGUUGAGGAACAAGUGAACUCCCGACUUGGCAAGGAUCCCAAGCACAUGGACUUCCUCCAGCGCAUGAUUGAGAUCUAUAAGGCGGGCAACCUUGAUUUCCCAACUCUUUCUGAGCACGCCUCUCUUCUUACUAUUGGAGGCAGUGAAACUACGGCCACGCUGCUCGCGGGCGCUGUCUACUUCCUUGCCAAGGACCCCAAGGUCUAUGGCAAGCUUACCAAGGAAAUUCGCACCAGAUUUGCCGAUGAGAAAGAAAUGAACCUGAUUAAUCUCUCUCAGUGCAAGUAUCUCCUUGGCGUUGUUGAGGAGUCUCUCCGCAUCUAUCCCCCGUCACCAGCAAACCACACUCGUAUGGUUCCCCAAGGCGGCGCUACGCUCGAAGGCAAGCACAUCCCUGGAGGAUAUUGUGUAAGCAUGCCCAUGUAUGGCUCAUUCAACGCCAAGAGCAAUUGGGCACAGCCCACUCGCUUUGCGCCUGAACGUUGGACCGGGGAGGAGCCCGAGACAUUUGGCCGGGAUAGAAAGGAAGCCCUCAAGCCAUUCUCCUUUGGCCCCCGAAACUGUCUAGGCCAGCAGCUUGCUAAUCAUGAGGUGCGAUUGGUAAUUGCUAAGAUGGCUUGGCACUUUGACCUUGAAUUGAUGAGCGAGAGCAUUGGUUGGGAGCAGCAGACGAGCUACACCUUUUGGAAGAAGCUUCCUCUCUACGUUAAGAUGAUUCCCCGAAAGAAUUAG